AUGCAAAUCGAAGCUCCAGGUGAGACGGCAGAGGAUACAAAUACCACUACUACAGAGACCGAGAGUGCCUCCUGGAGCUCUGCCAGUCGCGCGAACAGCCCCUUGUCAGAUCCCAUCCUACGCAUUAAGGUCCCUCCGGGCUUCUGGAAUAGAUACGAUCAAUUCAUGAUGGCCGAGCAGGCGCCUGAUGAGCCACCGACGAAGCGCCAGAAGUUCACCCCCAUACCGGAGCCGGAGCCCAUAGCAUCGGCUGACGAAAUAGCAGUGGCGGCGGCGGCGGCGGCGGCAGCAGCAGCACAAGGACCACACAGGCAUACUCCAGGUUCUCAACCGCAACCGCAACCGCAACCGCAGCAGGAACCUCCAGAGCAGCCUGCACCUAGGCCUGUAAUCAUGGAUAUUGAGAGCGAUAACAAAGAAGGAAUCCUGCCUAGUGACAUCUCUUCGCUAUCAGAUUCUUCGUUGGCUUCAGGAGGCGAUACCGAUAUUCCAUAUUCCAUGGCCCCUCGCGCGACGGCGCAGACUCCCCUGCCUGCUACUACCAGCACACCUAAUGGCUCGCAAAAUAUAGCGCCUCCGCCAUCUGCGGAAAAGGCAGGUGUUAGGGUGAAAACACCCUCUACCCCUGCUCCAGAAUCGAGACCCAGCGUUAUGGUCACUGUUGUUGGCUGUGGAGCUGGAAAUUUUCCUGUCUUGCACGUUACGCCCAACUCACAGCUUGCUGCUAGCCUGCGCGAUGUCCCCUGCACGCGGCCCCUUACCUGGCGCAACGGCACGCCAAGGGAGCUCCGGAACCAGUGGACGCGAGACGCAGCUAUUUAUUUCUCCAGGGGGGAACUUGCUCCUGAACCCUGCACUUCAUGCGUCCGUGGGAGGGGCCCAUUUGAACAGUGCGUCCGUCCUCCAAACCCGACCGGCCAGCCGCCUCUAAGAGGCGCUUGCGCGAGUUGUAUCUGGACGGGCAAUCCCAGGACCUGUUCUUUCCAUCCUGAUCAUCUUCUACACGGCCAUUCCCACUCAACGCCUUCUAAACUCGCGGAUAAGAAGACCUCGCUCGUUCCACGAACCCCUCGCACACCCAAUGCGUCAUCCUCGUCCGCUACCCUUUCAAAGAUCACCACUUCUCUUCCCAGGUCUUCUCGCGAACCUUCUUUCAACCCCCAUCGCAACACCAUCAAUACCAACUCCAGUCGCAAUAUCAGCAGCAACAUAAAUAACAACGCUAACCACAACAUCAACCCCGGUCCCGGUCUCAAUUCCAACCAUAACCAUAACCAAAACCAGAGCCACAGCCAUAGCGUCAACCACAUGAACAGCCCCCAUCCUAACGCCAGCCCCGUCACCUAUCAUCAUGGAAUGCAAUCCAAGAAUGUUCUUCCGGUUUCCCCGGCGCAAACCAAUCCAUCAUCUGUUGCGCCUUCUCCUCCUAACCCACUGGGCAAUCAACCUCUCGCUCCGCCUCAUACCCAACCCCAACCUCAUCGUACCAACCCGUUUCCGCAUCACUGCUACUUCAAUAUCCCCGAAAAGCUUAAUGGCGGCAAUUUGACCGAGGUUCGCAAAGCCAUCCACGAAAUGGACGCAGUGCAAGCUAAGCUUAGGGAACGAGCUGCUUUUUUAGAGCAGCUAGGCGAUAACUGGCAGUGA